UCCACGUACCAAUCUCUCUUUCUCUCCUUCUUCAAAGAUCAAACCCUAAUCCACUACCCAAAACCCUUCUUGAUUCUCUUUGAUCCACCAUCCUCACCUCUAAAUCACUCCUCUGCACUCCAACACCACCAUAAUCUACACAAAGCUCCAAUCUUUCCUCACAAUGGAGCCUGAAUCUCCUCCCAUACCCGUUGUCUCCACAUUCAGUUCACCAUUUGAGAAAAGCCCUAACCCUAAGUCAUCUCUCCGCAAGCCUCUCAGCUUGUGGCCGGGGAUGUACCAUUCUCCGGUGACCGAUGCUCUCUGGGAAGCUCGUUCGAGCAUCUUUGAGAGGUUUCUUUAUGGAUCCAAGGACGGGCCUCCACAGGCUCAGCUGCUCACUAGGACUCCAUCGCAUAGCAGGGUUAGCAUUGCUUAUAACUUCUCUAGUGAUUAUAUUCUCAGGGAGCAGUAUAGGGAUCCUUGGAAUGAGGUUAGGGUUGGGAAAUUGCUUGAAGAUCUUGAUGCUCUUGCUGGAACCAUCGCUGUGAAGCACUGCUCUGAUGAUGAUAGCACUACAAGGCCCGUCAUGUUGGUUACUGCAUCUGUAGAUAAGAUAGUUCUAAAGAAGCCAAUUCUUGUCGACAAAGACCUUGAAAUAUCUGGUGCUGUUGCGUGGGUUGGCCGUUCAUCACUGCAAAUACAAAUGGAAAUAACUCAGCUACAAGAGCAAUCUAUACCAUCAGAUUCUGUUGUCUUGACGGCAACAUUCACAUUUGUUGCCCGGGAUUCAAAGACUGGAAAAUCUGCUCCAGUUAACCGUCUUUUACCAGAAACUGACCAUGAAAAGAAGCUAUUUGAGGAAAGAGAAGAAAGAGAUAAACUUAGGAAAAGGAAGAGAGAUGACCAGAUGGAGUUGGAGAGGGGAGGGCGUAAACUUCAUGAUGAUGUUGGAUGUUUAAAGAGAUUGUUGGCUGAGGGUCGAGUCUUCUGCGAUUUGCCUGCUUUAGCAGAUAGAGAUAGCAUUCUGAUAAGAGAUACACGUCUUGAGAAUUCUUUGGUUUGCCAACCUCAGCAGAGGAACCCACAUGGAAGAAUUUUCGGAGGUUUUUUGAUGCUCCGAGCAUUUGAAUUAGCUUUCUCAACUGCAUAUGCCUUCGUUGGACAAAUGCCCUGCUUUCUGGAAGUCGAUCAUGUUGAUUUCCUAAAACCUGUGAAUGUGGGAGAUUUCCUUCGAUUUAAAUCAUGUGUGCUGUACACAAAGUUACAAAAUCCAGAACGACCUCUGAUCAACAUCGAAGUUGAAGCUCACGUCACCAGACCGGAGCUUCGAACUAGUGAGGUGUCAAAUACAUUCUAUUUUACAUUUACCGUCAACGGUGAUGCAUUGAAGAAGGGAGUGAGGAUCCGCAAUGUGGUACCGGCAACAGUGGAAGAAGCGCAUCGUGUACAAGAGCGCAUGGAAGCUGAGAAAAUUUUUUCAUAGGUUCAAGGAUAAAGCUAUUCGACAAUAUGGAUUCUGUUUGGCCCAAAGAGGUACAAGAAGAAGGAACUUCAAUCAGUUGAACUCUUCACUAUGUCAUUGUUGUAAUGCAGCGUUCCACUUUUCGACAAAUCUGUAAGAAAAAAGCAAAAGGAUAUAUCUUAAGAAAGUAGUGUAGAAAUUAGAGGAGAGAGAAAUUAAGUUACACAUGGUAUUUGUGGUUUACUUUAUAUUUCAACUUCAUAUUGCAACAAGUAGUUUGAUGUUUUAUACCCUUGUAAAACCGAGUAAAUCAAAUUUAUGAUCCUAGUUUUGAAGCUUGCUAAAGAGGGUUAUAAGAUACUUUUACA